UUUUUAGGGCAUCAAUUGCCCGAUGCUCUCAAUAGAUACAACUUUAGUUCAGGCAGGCUCUGUUGAUCAGAGUGUCUGCACCAUCAAUCUCAAAUAAAUUGACAACGUCAUUCACCUACUCAUUGACAUACUUAUGCAACAUUUGAUACACAGGGAACGCGGUUAGAGCUCGUUAAUUGGCUUAGGCGUUAGUCUUAAUGACUAAAAGUCACUACGGAGUUGUCUCUCAAAAACAAAAAGAUUGGCUUUACAAAAUUUUCUGACAGUUCAAUGACUUUGUCAGUGAACCUAAUUAUACUUAUUCAGAGCUCAACACGGAAAUGAAAACUGCAGGCCAACUAAAAUCUCAAAUUAAGAUUCUUAUUAAAACCGAUUCCCAACCAGAAACGGCAAAGCUUCAAUGAGUAGAGAAAUUGGGCUUAGAUAUUAUCACAAAUAAAUCUGUUUUAAUCUGUUGGAAAUAUUUUCCCAGGUAGCUUGUAAUGACACGACCAUUCUGUUCCAUAUAAUCAAAUAAAGUAUAGAUUUUAGGUACGAAAAACCUGAACCCUGGAAUUUUCAAUAACUUAAUUUUUUUUAAAUCUACAUAUUAAAAAUUUUACUUAUCGAAUUCGCGCUUUAGUGCAGUCAAACCAAUAUAAAUGAGAAUUGCUUCAGCAGGAAAACUCUACAAGUGGUAGAGAUUACCCUUUGUCUUCAUUUUUGAACAUUCUCUGUAAAUGAGAAGCUCUCUGUCGGAAUGUGUAAGAGGAAAAAAAUAUAUUUUUUGAGAUUAGAUGAUAAGUUUAAAAAUUUUCUGCACGUGAGAAAAACUGCCUCCGCACCUGUGACAUUGAGAAAAUCUGUUAUUUGAAAAAAUCUCAAAGGUUCAUACUUUUUUAGGCAACGUUUAUCCAGGAUUGACUGUAGACAAGUCUGUUCUAGACACAGCAAUUUCAAUGUGUUUUUGCCUUUUUUUGACAACUUGAAGUGCUGAUAAGUAAUAAUCGUAAGCCAGCUUUCCUUACUUUAGUUCAUUUACUGAUAAUUUUUUUCGGCGCAGCUAAGGUCGAUUGCCGAUUAAAAUUAAAAACAAAUAAAAAAUUUCAAUAACCAAUACUUGUUCUUGAUUGCGAUUGCUUUUGGCGAGCGACUGAUAAUGCAAUCCAAAAUUGAUGAUCGAAAUACAUAAAUUGGAUUGAGAAAACCGGUUACUACCAGCAAUUUUGAAUAAUGAAAUUUUAAAAAAUGUAUACCGAAAUCAGAUGAAAAUAAUUAUUUGCCUUGCAACCAUUUCAGUAUUUCACCGACUGUAAAACGCUAAAGUUUUUUUUUAAUUCAAAUGAAAUUAUGUUUGCUACUCUUGAAUUUUCUCAUAUUGGGCUUUGUGUGUGCCGCUAGAUCAGCGUCAACUACAAAUCACUCGACUAUUAGAACGACGUAAUUUCCCAUGCGAGCAAUCGCCAACAAAAUCACCACCAAAUCGAACGCGUCGAAAGCAAGCACAAACUCAUUUUCCGCUAAAACUACAAUAAAACCAACCAGACCUAAAAGAGCAACAACUAGACAUAAAACUACAAGAAGGUCCACCACAACUACUACCACCCCCAAAUCACCCGUAAAAUGCCGUUACAGGACGCUGCGAGGCAUGAAUAUGGAACUCAAUUGGUUUCCAACUAUCGAUCGAGGCCAAGAGUUUAUCGAUUAUGGGCAAAAUGUGACUGGCUUGUGUUUGCAACGCGCUACUUGUGAGAAUGAUGCAACGUGGACCGUCAAAGUGGAAGAGUGCUCCGAUUUCAAUGUGGUAUGCGAAAAUCAGCUGACUUUUCAAGGAGAAUUUCCAGCCUGUUGCAUAGAAUGCUAAGUAGAGAAGUUGCAUUCAGGGAAGAGAAAGUCAAUAUUAUUCAACUCGAAUAUGAUUAAUUAGAUAUAAAAAAAUAAUUCUUGUUAAUUCUCCUUACCGUGAUUUUAUUUACAUCAAAAAUAUAUCUAAAUCUCUUUUUCAAUAAAAAAUGGAGAAAUAAAAAAAAAAC